AUGUGAGAGACACAGAGAAGAAGUCAAUCAUGAAGCUCAUCUUUCUGACUGCAAGUCUAUUUUUUGUCAUUACAAUGACUAAGGGCUCAAAGCUUGAAGGCUUUGAAGACUUUGAAGAGAGGAACGACAUUGAUCAAAGUGAGGUCGAUGACUCUUUGUCUCAAGAAGCUGCUGCAGGUCUCAAUGCACAAACAAGCAGUCAACCAGUGACUCAGAUUUUUCAUCUGUGGACUGAUGGACCCAGAAAUUUGAAAAUUCAAAAAAUAAAUGUGGGGACACUCACCUCUGAGGGUGAUGUACUUGAGUCCAUUGCACUUGGAAGUGGUUCCAUUUCUAAAACUGGUGCAUAUCUGGCUUAUCGACCAGAGUUCAAAGGUUAUCACAGUACUGGUCUUGGGGCCAUAUUCCUAAACCUCGAGAAACUAUUCCCAUGUGCAAAAAAAGCUCGUCCAAUAUGUGGUAGGUUCACAUUUGAAGAGGAUGGAUUCCUAAAAGGAAAGGCACUCCUCCAGGCUGCUGAUUCUGGUGCAGACCUAAAAGUGUUUGGAAACAACAUAAACACCUAUGGGAUUGCAAUUCAAGACUGUGAAAAACUUGAUGGGAAAAAUGGCUGCCUUCCUUCUUGGUAUCAAGUGACCAUUGUCUGUUACCUGCCAAGCUCAUGCAUCUGAAUGCAAUCAUAAGAACAAUGAACAAUAAAUAACAUUAGCAGUAUAUAGUUAGAAUAGAGUAGGCUUUGAUUUAGUUCAGUUGUACCUGAGAAAAACUUUUUGAUAUGCUAUAUAUUUUUUGUAAAUAAAAUCAAAGCUGAUAAAAGAAGCUACUACAA